CAGGGAAACAUUGAUUUCCCGUAAGUACGGCAAUGGCGACGAAGCUCGUCGCUGUUCUUCUACCAUUGUUAUGUUUUGAGGGGGUUUUAAGCGCCGUUGCGUUUAAUUCGGACCCCGCAAAUAUCAAUUCCGAUUUUUAUAACGAUUUCCGGCAACUUUUGAAACUUUCCGCCUCUCUUCGGUCAAAGAAUGAAAAUCAUAAAAGAAACUAUAUGGUCGAAUCUCAAUCACCUGCACCUCCCGCUUCUUCAGAGCUUGUGCCACAAGAAGUCGAAAACUGGCCGGAAGUCGAUUUGAAUUUAGGACAAGUUUCUGGAGUAUCCGUAAAUGUUCAUCAGCAGCCGGUCAUUUUUCAUAGAGCAGAUCGUGUUUGGGAUGCAAGUACCUUUGAUUACAAUAAUAACUACCGCCACCAAAAAUUGGGACCAAUAACUUCUCACACGGUUUUAACCCUAGACCCUCAAACUGGACGCGUCCUGAAAAAAUGGGGAAAAGACAUAUUCUACAUGCCACACGGACUUACAAUCGACCACCACAACAACAUGUGGAUAACAGACGUGGCCAGACAUCAGGCGUUCAAGUUUUGCCCCGACAUGGACGAACCGCAGUUGAUUUUUGGACAGAAUUUCGAACCGGGAGACGACAAAGAUCACCUUUGCAAACCGACCUCAGUUGCUGUUGCUUCCACCGGUGAAAUAUUCAUCGCCGACGGUUACUGCAACAGCCGAAUUUUAAAGUUUACGGCGUUGGGGCGUCUUAUGAGAACAAUACCCAGUGGAAAUGAAUGUCUCUCUCUGUCCGUUCCUCAUCAUACGGCGUUAAUAGAGUCUUUGGACCGAAUUUGUGUCGCCGAUAGAGAAAAUAAAAGAGUGGUUUGUCCUUCUGCAGAGCUUAGUGAGAGAUCUUUGACGCAGCCGCUUACAAUUCAAACUCCAGAUAUGGGUCGAAUUUUUGGAAUAGCGGCAGUAGGUGAAAUUAUUUAUGCAGUUAAUGGACCAUCAUUACCUUUCGAUAUGCAGCUUCCGGUCCAGGGAUUUAUUAUUAGCGCCGAAAAUGAAACAGUGAUCGGGGAUUGGGGUCCAUUUGAGAAAUUUCAAAAUCCGCACGCUAUAGCGGCGUCGCCCAACACAUCGUCGCUUUACGUUGUCGAAAUUGGGCCCAACAAAGUUUGGAAAUUUAAUUUGGUACGUGGAAAACAAUAAGGAGGAUAACGUAAUCUUCUGCCCAUAGUAUAUUAUUAAUAUUAUACAAAUUU